AUGGCUGAUGUACUCACAAGGUCGCGCUCCGUCACCAUUCAGAAGGUAUGGGGUGAAGGCAGGUGCGACUGUACUAGCCUGAAACAAGGCUUGAACUUCGCGAGCGUUGCAGUCCACAUGAGCGUCACUUACCCUCACAUUCACUUCGUGGCCACGAUGACUCAAACGACGCCGGAGUCCUCGAUACCAUUCUCGAGCUCGUGGUUACGAGUGCCUGUCGCGGCGGAAGAACGUGCAGCAAAGCGUCGACGCUACACAAGCGACAUCGUCGUGCUCAAGGUCGGCGAGAAGAAAGAGACUCUCACCAUCCACGAGAACAAGCUCGGCGAGGACUCCGCGUUCUUCCCGGCAGCACUGAAGGAAAGCUGGGCCGAAGGUCAGAAGGGCGCGAUCGAGCUACCAGACGAUGACUUCGAUGCGGUGGCUUACUACGUCGACUGGCUUUACUGCAAGCAGAUCAUCGGCUGUGUGAACGAUGACAAUGCCGCCGACUACAUCACUUUGGCCAAGCUCUUCGUAUUUGGCGAGAAGAUGCAGGGCGAGGAGUUCCAGAGUGAGGUGCUUAGGACGAUGAUCAAGGGUAUGGAUCAGAAGGACACCGUGGGCAGGCUAUGGGUCCUGGACCACCUGCGAUUGACAUCAUCUACGAUGGCACUCCGCCCGGAUCCCGGCUCGUUGCCUGGUGGUUGA